GAUAACGGUCCCGGUCGGUCUAUCUAUAUGUAUAGUCACGCAUGGUGUUGAUUUGAUUCCAUCUUUUCUCAUAUUACGUCAUUCGUAUACGUACUGUCUGCUAAGAAGGAUCGUGUAUAAAGCGUCCUAUUUCUAUUUCGUCUGUUCUUGUGCCGUUAUUCAAGGCGAAUUACAACAUGUAGUCGCAUGUUACCUAUGGUUGUCGAUCGUGAUUUUCAAAAAUAAGAAACCAAAAAGACUCGUUAUGAAUUAUUAGGUAAAUUUUAAAAAUAUUUUUUUAUGGUUGUGUAUUUUUACAAUCCAUUCCUAUAUUAUGCUCGUUAUUGUUGCAUUUACGUACCUACCUAUUUGGAAGCAGCAACUUGUGAAGACAACCUACAAUUUUGGCGCGGUAUCCAAAUUCUAACCAUUCAUCGCACGAUGUCUCAGUGCGAGUACAUUUGCGAUAGUUGUUCUCAGCCGUUAACUACAGCAGUCAACACAGGCGACCAAAUACACGUGACGACUUGUUAUCACGUGUAUCAUUACAGCUGUUUGUGGCUAAUGUACACGUGUGCGACAGAGAUAAACGAGUGGAAUGAAAAGAUCACUUCCUGCGGUCAUCCUGGUUGCAACCGGAUGAUAUCGGUAUCGGAUAUUUCACCAGCGAUAGACUUCUCAACGCGUAUAGUUCCUCAUCCACACGACGACGACGUGCAGAAUGACUCAAGAAAUCAGGAUCAGGACAUCAACUACCGUAUUUUGAUGUUACGUGAUUUUAACGUAUGUUUACAAUUAUCUAUCGUUUCCCUUACCAAUGAAAACUCAACUCUUCGAGCACAAGCUGAAUCAUCGAAACGUGCAUAUGCCAACUUAAUGACCAGGUACAACAUGUUGCUAGACCAAGUGAAGAACCUCAUCUCGAUAGGGCAACAGAGUUCACUACCUGAACCUACACCUAAACCGAAGAAUAAUAAUAUGUUACACUCGAACGAGUCGAACGCACCUCAACCACCACCAAUAUCAUCGUUAAUGAAUUCUGGAUCAUUUCCAGCACCGAAGACGCCUCAAAACUCCAACUCGACGCAGAAUUCAUUUGGACAACGACAACUUCUUUCACUUCCAGCCCCUCCCACACUUCAUAAUGACAGACCGGAUGUUGAGGCAACUGCUUCGAAACAAAGCUCGAAAAUUCCAGAUCCUCCAGCCCCAGCGAUUCCAAAUCGUACUCAGUCACUCCACAAGCCCCCAAUUCCAGCUCCCGAGCAGAAAAAGGGCACCAGUGCGGACAAGGACGAUUAUUAUCAUCGUCGUUACAGAUUGAGGUUUGGAACAGAAUGCUCGGAGUUGAUACCAUACCAUCCGCUGGAUUCGUAUCCGCACGAUUUUACAGCUGCAAGAUUAGAACUUGCUAAAGACACGUACGUGAGUGCGUUCUUCGCCUACAACAUCCUCCUCAUGGGAGAUGGAGCUGUAGAAUCAAUCGCGAAGGAUUUGGAGAUCGGCCAGCCGUAUAAAGGCCAAUUAGAUACACAAAUGUAUCGCAGGGACCUUCUACUGGCGGACCUCCUACGUCACCUCAGAUCUUUCGACAAACUGCCCAAAAGAAUAAUGUUAUCGAUAGGUAACUUCGACGUGAAACGCGGUACUGCGUAUUCAGAAUUCUUCCAAGAUAUGCAGAACUUAUGUUUAUUAUUCAAAAGACACGAGGUCAGAGAGCUGAUAAUAUUACCAUUGAUACCGCAUCCCAUGAACAACAAAGAAUCUUUUUCACGAAUAUCGGAAGCACUUGCCUAUAACUGGGAACCCUCUCUUGGAGGAAAAAUUACCAGAAUACCGGAAGCUUUUAGAAAACUUCACUCGAGCUCGGGUUAUAUGGACAAGAGUGGUCCAUUCUAUCAGCUGGAAUCAUAUUACGAAGUCGUUAGGAAAAUCAAGGAGAAAUUUAUUCCAGAGAUUCUGAAAAAACCGAAUGAUUCAAACUCGCUGGAAGAAAACAGUCCUGCUUCACCCAAGGUCGAGACUACCAAAAAAACGAUCGCUAAAAAUAGUCUCACUCCGCAAAAAAAAAACAUCUGAACCAUUAAAGGAACCAAAGAAAAACUGAUUAACAUUUUUUUUCUCUUUUUUGAAAAAUGUUUCAUAUUAUUGCAUUUUGUAUUUUGUUGUAGGUUAUAUAUCUCAUGUGUUUAAUUUUAAGCUAUAAAUUUGGAUCCUGUAUACGUUAUUUUGGUUUUCUAUGUCAAGUUCGAAAUUUUUUUUAUUUUUUUGAAAAAAAUGUAACUAAUGCAGGGUGACUUGAAACUUGAAUUUUCGAAAGAAAUGAUGAAAAUCUUGGGCACAAACUAAUCAUUUUCUUAUGUAAGAAUAUUUUUUUUUUAUUAUUAU